AUGAGCAGGCUGGAGGAGUUGCGUUCGAUGUUUCGCGAGAAGCUGAGACGGGAGAGUCCGGAGCCUGCCGGCGGUUUCGAUCCACGGGACACAGAGAGACUCAACGAUGAUAAGUACUUAACGAGGGUUCUGGAACACUGCGACGGUAGCGUUGAGGCCGCCGCCAAGAUGCUCUGGGCCACCAUGACCUGGCGAAAGGAGAGCAAAGCAAACGACAUCAAAGACGUGGUCAGGAUGGACUAUGUAGAGGAGGGGCUGUUCUUCCCGCACGGGAGAGACCUGGACGGCUGCCUGCUGCUCGUGCUGAGGUGGAAGCAGCACACCAGGGGGCGGAGGGACGUCGACCAGCUGAAGAAGGUCGUGGUCUACUGGCUGGAGAGGCUUGAGCGCGAGGAGGGCGGCAGACCGGUCACGCUGUUCUUCGACAUGGAGGGGUGCGGCAUCAACAAUGUAGAAGUGGACAUUGUCGUCUACAUGAUCACAUUGCUGAAGUGCUACUACCCGAAGUUCGUCAACCAGAUAAUAAUCUACCAGAUGCCGUGGAUAAUGACCGCAGGUUACAAGUUGCUGAGGGGACUCCUGCCAGCCCCCGCCGUGCAGAGGUUGCGAGUCGUCACAAAGGACAAGCUGGGCGAAUAUGUCCACUCGGAUCAGGCUUUGAAAUGCUGGGGCGGCACCAACGAUUACGUCUUCCGUUUCGUACCUGAGAGGGGCGCUAAGAAGCACGUCACUUUCGCCGACGGACUGGACACGUCAAAGGGCGCUCUGGAAGUCAUCCCGGGGGACUGUUUGACCUUCGACGCGGCCGGGAGCGAGGUCAGAGCGGGGCUGGUCAUAGUCAAUUCGGGUGGCGGAGACGCCGCGUUCAAGAUACGGACUACGGGCCCGGAGAAGUUCAAGGUUAAGCCAAAGUCGGGCGUUUUGGCGCCGGAGUCGAGGCUUGACGUGAGCAUCACGGUGUUGCCAGGAUUUGACGCUGCCGUGGCAGUGCAGGAGAGAUUCCUCGUGCUGGCGACAUCCGUUACUGGAGGCGACGGACAGAAGAGUCUAGAAGAGAUCUUUCAAAGUGCAAACGUCAGUGAGUUCAGGCUGAAGUGCAAGUUGGCGGGAAAGCUCGUUAGCAAGUCACCGGUGAUGGACGCACUGGAAAAGACGCUAAAUAAACAUUCCGAUUUAUGCAGGAGCGUGGAUGCUUUGAAAAUUAUCCAACUGGCAACCCUUGGUUUGACCGCCGUGACGAUAACUGUCAGUUAUUUGGUAUAUGGGCGGACCGGAAACAGAUAUUGU